GAAUACUGUAUCACUUUUAGAAAAUAUUAGUAGUAAAAAACGUAAUCAAUAUUUAAUAAAUUACGAAGACAAAUAUCAAAAUAAAAAACCUAAUUUGCAACAAACAAAAGUAACCAUCGACGAAAACGAAGAGCAUUAUGAAGACAAAGAUUCUGCUAAAGAAUUAGAAAAUAAAACUCAAGAUAAAAUUGAAGAGAAUAUUAAUUUAAAACUAAUUUGUUAA